GAGUCAAAGUUGCGCGUGCCGCUUGACGAGACGCCGCGUAUUUUUCGGCUCCUGCCAUGGGGACUCUCUUUCCAAACUUCCGUAAUACUUCGCCGGAGUGUCGCGCGCGCGAGACAAGUUCGCCGAUGCCGCAGUAGCGUUUCUCAACGAGAUUUUGGAACUUUACCGUUGCUCUCGUAUUUCGGCUGCUGCCUAUACAUAGUGGAAUCCCGAGCGCGCCCAGCGCUGCCCGCACUACAAUCAUGUACGGAAUGCUGCUGGAGAGCAUUCAGCACUUUGUGCAGCUCCAAUAUGGGGAAGAUCUGUGGCUGGACGUUCUGGAGAGAGCCGGAGUGAAGCACACCGUUUUCAAUACCCGACAAAUCUACCCGGAUGAGUUGAUGACAAAAUUAGCGUCGGGACUCGCCGUGCACACUUGCGAGACCGUCGACAGAGUUAUGCAGUAUUUUGGCGAAUGCUUUGUUCGAUUUUUUAGCAAUCUUGGGUACGACUGGACCAUCAAAGCCACCGGUCGCUACUUCUGCGACUUCCUCCAGAGCGUCGAUAACAUCCACAUGCAGAUGCGCUUCACUUACCCGAAGAUGAAGAGUCCCUCGAUGUACCUGACCCACGUGGAUCCGCACGGCGUGGUGCUCGUGUACCGGAGCACGCGGCAGGGAUUCACUCAUUACUUCAUGGGCCAGCUGUUCCAAAUAGCCAAGGAGCUUUACGAGACGACGCUCGACAUCCGCGUCCUGGAAAGUUCCAACAACAUUCCCGGCACGAGAAGCGUCAUGGUGAAAUUUCGCAUCGACUUCGACAACCGUAAAUACAUAGCCAAAAGCUCGAAAAUGAAGACCCCGAUCGGACGGGAGCUUCCGCCGGUCUCGAGCAAGAUGCUGCUGCGCCUAUUUCCAUUCGGCGUCGUCAUGAAUAAAGAGAUGUGCAUCGAAGGCGUGGGCGGCAAACUGCUUCAGGCCUGGGGCAAUUCCACCUCGAUCUUGGACAAACACGUAACGGAGAUUUUCAGGCUGCGUCGGCCGAGAGGCAUCUCCUUCACUUGGGGAAACGUGAUGUACCUGCACUCGGUGAUGUUUGAAUUGGAGCUAAUCAGGUCGGCGGAGCAGCAGAGCAGCGCGGCCAAGCAAGCCGACGAGCUGAACGGCAGGUCCCAUUUGAAACUGGAUAGACGGGGUAGUCAGGGCGCUCGGAACAUCCUGCUCAAGGGGCAAAUGAGGUACAUCGACGACAUCAAAGCCAUAAUCUUCCUCUGCAGUCCUCUAAUCAAUAGCCUCGACGAGCUGCUCAGCAUGGGCCUGUACUUGAACGAUCUGAACCCGCACGGCCUGAGCCGGGAACUGGUGCUGGCCGGCUGGCAGCACUGCGGGAGGCUCGAGAUGAUGUUCGAAAAGGCGGAGCAGCGCUCCCAGGAGCUGGAGCAGAGCUACGCGCUCCUGGAUCGAUGGAAGAACAAGAGCGACGAGCUGCUCUACUCGAUGAUACCCCAGAGCGUGGCCGACAGGCUCAGGGCCGGAACCAGUCCGCUCGACACGUGCGAGUCGUUCGAGUCGAUAUCGGUCCUCUUCUGCGAGCUCUGCGACUUCAAUUACUCGACGAUCGAGGGCGCCAUGGACAUAGUCUCCUCGAUGAACGCCGUCUACUCGUGCUUCGACUCGCUCAUGGACAAAUUCAAUGUCUACAAGGUGGAGACCGUGGGUCGGGUUUACAUGGCCGCAAGCGGAGCCCCCGACAGAACGGACGAUCACGCGAUCAACGUGGCCGACGUCUCUCUCCAGCUCAUAUCGCAGGUCCGCUCGCUCGUCUUGCCCUCGGGUCUGGAAAUUCAAAUUCGAAUAGGAAUACACUCGGGACCAGCGGUGGCCGGAGUCGUCGGGAUAAAGGUGCCGCGCUAUUGCUUCUUCGGCGACACCGUGAACACGGCUUCCAGGAUGCAGACGACCAGUCUGCCGGGAAAGGUUCACAUAUCGCCGCACACGAGAGCUCUGCUGCCCCAGGACCGCUACGUCAUCGAGUCGCGCGGUAUCGUUUCCGUAAAGGGAAAGGGAAACAUGGAAACGUUCUGGCUGCGUCCGAAGGUGGAACUCGAGGACGAGCUCGAUCGUAACUCGGCGUCGUCCUCCGCCUGUCAGCUGACGGAUUCGUGCGACGCCGAUCAAGCCCAAAGCCAAGUCUAGUCAAUGUUUGUAUGUCGUAGAAGUUUGCGUAUAAGUGAGCUUGAGAUCGAAGCGUUUGUGCUUUGAUAUACAUUCCUUUGCGCGCGAGUCAAGAGGAGCUGAUGGCCACAAUAACAACUCGUACUUUAUUUCGUUUUUUUUUUUAUUUAAUCUUAAGAUGUAUCUCGUAAUAUGCUACGAGUACAAGAGUCCUGUGUAAUUGCAUUUCAAAACGAGUGCUAUAAAAAAGACUAGCUGCGUAAAACUUGAAUUCAUUUUUUUUUCUAUCUCGAUGUAUUACUUACAUAUUGCUAAAAAUAGAGUCUCAGUCUAUUCGAGAGUAUUAUGCACAAAACGCAA